AUGCUGAAUCUUAAUCGUUAUAUAAAAUCAAUAAAUAAAUCAAUAUUAAUAAAAUAUUGUUAUUUAUCAAUAAGUAAAUCGGAUUUAAUUGAAUCAAGUAGAAAUAUUCAAGAAAUACUUAAAUCAAAUGAUGAUAAAUCCUCAAUAUCGAAAUUUUUAUAUAAAUCAUUAAAUGAAAUUCAUGAAGAAUAUUGUUCAACAUCUGUAGCAACAUCAACAAAAGAAAUUUAUCAAAAAAAUUCUUCAAAAUUAAAUUCAAUAUAUAUUCAACUUGAAAAUGAUCGAAAAAAUAAAAGUGGAGAUUUUAAAGAAGAUAAUCAAGAUAAAUUAAUAAUUCUUCUUCGAUAUAUUCGUUAUUUACAAGUUUCUUUUAUUUAUCGACUUAUUACAUUUGAUAUAAAUAAUACUUUAAAAGAAUCUUCAAAUUCAAUUAUUUAUUUAACUCAACAUGAAAACAAUUUAAAUGAAAAAUCAACAGACUUAAAUAAAAUUUUAUCAUUAACAGUUUAUCCAACAUUAUCAAUCAAGAUUUUAUGUGUGAGUUGA